AUGGAUUCGUUUGAUUUCGAUAACGUGAAAGCAGAGAAAGUUAAGGCGAUGAGGAAGUACAAUCGGCUUCGAAGCUUAGCCGAGGUGUUUCGUUUUUUGGAAUUGCUUUUGGCUUUGCUGUUUUUAGCAUGGACCUUCGAGCGCGUGCCUCUCGCCGUCAAAAUCUCCGGCGAGUUCUUUUUGAAACUCGGCAGCGUCAUCGCGAGUCCGCUCUUUGUUUUCUUCGUCUGUAAUGUCAUCAUCGUUACUCUCAUUGCUAAGUCCGGCAUCUUUUCUGCCAUUAACAAUGCCGAUUCCAAACUUUACGAGGAAAUGAUCAAAAACGCUGAGAAUCGCUCCAAAUCGGGGUCUCAAGAAGAGAUUGUGUAUCAAGACAAAGAGAUUAUCUCUGAAGUGAACACAUGUACUAGCAAUUGCGAGGAAAUGGAGCCGGAGUCAGAGUCAGAGUCAGAGUCCGAGUCGAACUCCGGUGCUGAGGUAGAUAACCCCAGAGUGUAUAGGAGGAGCAAGUCAGAGAAGUUGGUGAUAAAAAAGAGUGAGGAAGUUAAGAAGAAACUACAACGAUCGGAGACCCAGAAUUGCCAAAAAAUUGAAAAUAUUGACGAGAAAUUGUUUCCAGAAGACGAAUUGAGCAAUGAAGAGUUUCAACGAACGAUCGAAGAUUUUAUCGCCAAACAGUUGAGGUUUCGCCGAGCAGAGUCUCUGUCUAUCGUUCUUCAAAGCCAAGCUUGA